UAUUGACUGGUGGAGUUUAUCAUUGUACUAACUCUACUAUUAACUAUCUCCGCCAAUCUCUGCCGGCUACAUUAGCAGCUUUUUAUCUUCAAUGGCGUCUUCUCUGAGCACCGUUUUAUCCAUGAGUGUAUCCAAUAUCCAUACUAGACGAGUUCGGACUCGGUCACUUCUCUCUCCUCUCUCUAUUUCUGCCACAAGGCGUAGGCUUACGAUUAGAGCAGCAGAGACUGAUGCAAAUGAAGUUAAACCUCAGGCUCCGGAUAAGGCUCCCGCCGGUAGUGGUUCAAGCUUCAACCAGCUUCUUGGUAUUAAAGGAGCCAAGCAAGAAACAAACAAAUGGAAGAUCCGGCUUCAACUCACAAAACCUGUUACUUGGCCUCCUUUGGUCUGGGGAGUAAUUUGUGGAGCUGCUGCUUCUGGGAACUUUCAGUGGAACUUGGAGGAUGUUGCCAAAUCAAUUGUUUGCAUGAUGAUGUCUGGUCCAUUUCUUACUGGCUACACUCAGACGCUCAAUGAUUAUUAUGACCGAGAAAUCGAUGCUAUUAAUGAACCUUAUCGUCCAAUUCCAUCAGGGGCUAUUUCUGAGAAUGAGGUCAUUACGCAAAUCUGGGUACUGCUUCUAGGAGGGCUUAGCUUGGCUGGUUUGUUGGAUGUAUGGGCUGGGCAUGACUACCCCGUAGUAUUCUACCUUGCUCUGGGUGGAUCCUUACUGUCAUACAUAUAUUCUGCUCCACCUUUGAAGCUGAAACAAAAUGGAUGGAUUGGAAAUUUUGCCCUGGGAGCAAGCUAUAUCAGUUUGCCAUGGUGGGCUGGUCAAGCUUUGUUUGGAACCCUUACACCAGAUAUUAUAGUUCUGACUCUCUUGUAUAGUAUAGCUGGGCUGGGAAUUGCCAUUGUAAAUGACUUCAAAAGUAUUGAAGGAGAUAGAGCAUUGGGCCUUCAGUCACUUCCAGUUGCUUUUGGCGCUGAAACUGCAAAAUGGAUUUGCGUUGGUGCCAUUGACAUAACUCAGAUCUCAGUAGCUGGUUAUCUGCUAGGAGCUGGUAAACCUUAUUAUGCUUUGGCCUUGCUUGCUUUGAUACUUCCUCAGAUAGUUUUCCAGCUGUUGUUUAUGAUCAUAGCAUCUCUACUCUUAAAAUCCAAAUCAACUUGGGUUGACCUUAAAGUCCUCAACUCGGCAUAUGCACGACAGUCUGGUAAUGUAAAGAGAGGAUGCUCAAACAACCUACCUUGACCUUCAAGCUGCAUAAUAUGAGUUCGUUAAAACUUCACAGCUGUGUCUAAAAUGUUUUAAAUCAUUUCACGAGGAUCAGUUGAUGUAUUGCUACUUAUGUUUGCUUCUGUCUCUAGAGGUUGCUAUCUCAUAUGACUAGGACUACAUGUCUGGUAUCGCGCGCUGUGUAAUAAUGACUAAUUUCUCCGAUAGGGGAAAAAGUCUUUCUUUUGGCUCUCCUAAAAAUGAUAUGUUUGUGAACAUAUGAACACAAUGCUAAUACUUUUCUUCUC